CUGGGGAAGCAGCGCUCGGGGCAGGCGGGGAUGGUGUGGUGUCCCCCGGUACAGCGGUGGUUUGGGUUGGAGCCCCUCUGCAGGCUGACCGUGGAGCUCCGGUGUGUGGGAAGAGCUCUGUGUCCACCCGAGGUCACAGACUCCAUGGCCCAGUUUGCAGAGGAGGUGGAGUUUGAGGUGCUUCUGGUGUGUCUGAGCCCCCGUCUGCCCAGCCCCAAAACUCCCCAAUAUCUGGGCUGAAGUGACUAAAUCAAGCAGAGAGCUGGUAGAGCUGGGAGAAGGGCCUUGCGGCACAACAGUGUUGGUGAGAGGUGGUUGGUGGAGUGGCCGAAAGGGACCUCUCCCCUGAAGGGAUGGGUGAAGGGGGUCUCCCUUGUGGGGACAGGCGUUUGGCAUCUGCCAGCCUCUGGAGCAGCCUUGUGCACCUGCUGGAGCACCGUGGGGAGCGCAGGAGCCCAUUGCUACCCUUACCUGGCAAGCAGCCUUGCUGUUUUCUUGUGCACAUUUUGUGCUGCUGAUGGUUUUCUUCUCCUUUGUUUACUGUUAUUACUAUCAUUUAAAAGUGCUUUGCACUUAAGAGAACCUAAAACUCUGUUCCUGCAGAUAAUUUUACUUGAAAGGCUCAAUGAAAUCUUUGUUCUGUGAGUGUUGACUGGUUCAGGCCCUUUAGCUGUAAGCAUGUUUUUGCUGUCACCUUUCCAUGCUCUACCAAGUACUUCCUGUGAGACUUCAAGUGAGACACAUUAUUAUUUACAAUAUGAAGAUAAGAGUAGCUUUGUGGCAGAGCUAUGGUGAACCUUAAUUACUAUAUUUGCAAAACAAGCCAACAUAUAUCUAAUCAAAUCAGUGUUUUCUGACACCUGUUCUUUUCGGAAUCAUGUUCAAGCAUUUCAGCAGGUUUUUAAUGCAGAUUGCAUUUACUAAUAAAUUACUUUUAGAGAGGUGGGACAGAACUAGGUUUGUGUUCAAGCCUCAGUCAGAGUGCUGCACUCUGAUAGUGCUGAGCAGGCUCAGGAUGGAGCCUGCUCAGGAUGGAGCCUUUUUGACCCCAAAACUCUAAUUGCUUUUUAUAUUCCUGUGUUCUCCUAUCCCAUGGCAGGUGUGGGUCUAGAGCUGCUUCAGGGCUUUCUGACAGCUUGUGCAGUCAGAUGACUGAGGUCCUGCAUUAGCAGUGUCAAAUGGAAGGUCACAAACUGUUAUCACCCAUCCUGUGUGCCUUCCCUCAGAGCUCCACAGCCUUGGUAAGGAUGUUUCUAGAAUCUAAUCCUGUCAGCAUGGAAGUGUUCAUGUUAUCAAACCAUGUGACUAUGGGAGAGAAGCAAGGUUGUUACUCUUUAAUUUAAGAAAUUACAUACUUUGAAAUCAGAGGGGUUUUUUGUUUGUUUUUAUUUUUAAAAAUUUGUUUGUUUUGCUUUAUUGUUGUUAUUUCCUCUGCCCCUGGCUCUUUCAAUGAGGAAAGCUGUCUCAGCCUCUUUCUUCUAAGGUUUUUUUCUCCCUGUUGGCUGCCAGAGAUUGUGUUGGUUUAUGCUAAAGUGUUUUUGGGAAGGUUACAACAAUAUUCACACUGUGGUCUCAGAGAACUGAGGUCAGAGUCCAGCUCAGGACAGGAGAGAGAAAUUAAUUUCAAACAUUCAAAUUCUGGCCUGUUUUAUUCCUUCACUUGCAAUAUAUUUUCAUAUAAGUCUAAACUUGACAAGCGGGUUUUUUGCUGCUUGGUUUCAUUCAUAGAAACGUGACAGAAGUGCAUUUGUGAGUGUGUGGUGUUCUUGCAGGGGCAGGUUUUGGAUGGAGGACGUGCCUUCUUCUAGCAGGGUGCCUUUGCUUGCAGGCCUUGGGUGUGCAGAGUCUGCAGUGACCUGGUCACAGCUCUCUCUGGCCCUGGGGCUGUGGACAUUGGGUCACUCAGCUGCAGUUGUGUAGAGGGCUUGGGACUGUCAGAGAGGUGGUACUGGCAGAAGGAAAAGAGAGAGCCCUAUGUGAAAUUUAUGGAUGCAAAUUACCCACCUGGCUUCAGCUAUGAAGAUUUUGGUCCUCUGUUUACAGCAGAAUUCUUUGAUCCCAACCAGUGGGCAGAUAUUCUGAAGGCUUCAGGUGCAAAAUACGUUGUCUUAACUUCAAAACAUCAUGAGGGCUUUACUUUGUGGGGGUCCAAAUAUUCUUGGAACUGGAAUGCUGUUGAUGUGGGACCAAAGCGAGAUCUUGUUGGUGAACUAGCAACAUCUGUUAGAAACAGGACUGAUUUGCAUUUUGGGUUAUACCAUUCCCUGUUUGAAUGGUUCAAUCCUCUCUUCCUUGAGGAUGCCACCAAUGCCUUUAACACAAGCAAGUUUCCCACCAGCAAAUCAUUACCAGAACUCUAUGAAAUUGUGACCAAGUACCAGCCAGAAAUAAUUUGGUCUGAUGGGGAUGGAAAUGCUCCAGAUACUUACUGGAACAGCACCGGUUUCUUGGCUUGGCUGUAUAAUGACAGCCCGGUCCGGGACACAGUGGUGACCAAUGACCGCUGGGGAGCUGGCAGCAUCUGUGCCCAUGGCGGCUACUACACGUGCAGCGACCGCUACAACCCCGGGCACCUCCUGCCCCACAAGUGGGAGAACUGCAUGACCAUCGACCGCAGCUCCUGGGGCUACCGCCGGGACGCCCGGCUCCGGGACUACCUCUCCAUCGAGGACUUGGUGAAGCAACUUGCAGAAACAGUGUCUUGUGGAGGAAAUCUCCUGAUGAACAUCGGGCCCACCCACGACGGUCGCAUCGCUGUUGUGUUUGAGGAGCGCCUGAGGCAGGUGGGCUCUUGGCUGCAGGUCAAUGGAGAGGCCAUCUAUGGAACGAAACCAUGGAGAGCACAGAAUGACACUGUCACACCUGGAGUCUGGUACACUUUCACCCCUAAAGAAGGGAAAGUCAAUGCUAUCUUCCUUAACUGGCCAGUCUCUGGGAUUCUGGAACUUGGUGAGCCACGGACUAAGCCUGGAGAAACGCAGGUGAAGCUGGCUGGAUACAGGGAACUGCUGAAAUGGGUUGCCCUGGGAGAAAAGGGAAUGGUUAUUGCUCUACCUCAAUUGACUCCUCAGCAAAUGCCAUGUCAGUGGGGCUGGACCUUACAACUGACUGAUGUAGACUGAGCCAUACUCUGCUGGAGCCCUGGCUAGCAGGGAGUGCUGAUGCUUUGCUCUUUCUUAUCACUGGUUUUAACCUUGUUUGACUGAGAAAGACCAAUAAAUUCACUUUUUCUAUGA